UCUCACCCUCCCACCCCCAGGUCCCUGCCAGACUUGAAUCAUUGCGCCCUCGCGCUCAAUCACUCGGUGAUCAUGGCGGACAGCGCGAGCGAGAGCGAUACGGACGGGGCCGGGAGCAGCACGGCCGUCCCGCAGUGCUCGUCCUCGUCAGCGUCCGGCAAGUCGGGCUUCGUCAUCUCACCGUUUCGCCUGGAGGAGCUGACCAACCGACUGGCCUCGCUGCAGCAGGAGAACAAGGUGCUGAAGAUCGAGCUGGAGACGUUCAAGCUGAAGUGCAAGGCGCUGCAGGAGGAGAACCGGGACCUGCGGAAGGCCAGCGUCACCAUUGUGAGUAGGGCCGAACAAGAAGAGGAAUUCAUCAGCAACACCCUGUUCAAGAAGAUCCAGGCUCUACAGAAAGAGGAAACUCUCGCCGUCAACUAUGAGAAAGAGGAGGAGUUCCUCACCAACGAGCUGUCCCGAAAGCUCAUGCAAUUGCAACAUGAGAAGGCAGAGCUAGAGCAGCACCUGGAGCAAGAGCAGGAGUUCCAGGUGAACAAGCUGAUGAAGAAGAUUAAAAAACUGGAGAACGACACCAUCUCCAAGCAGCUGACGCUAGAGCAGCUCAGACGCGAGAAGAUCGACCUGGAGAACACCUUGGAGCAGGAGCAGGAGGCUCUCGUCAACCGGCUCUGGAAGAGGAUGGACAAGCUGGAAGCCGAGAAGAGGAUCCUGCAGGAGAAGCUGGACCAGCCUGUGUCCGCCCCGCCAUCCCCGAGGGACAUAUCCAUGGAGAUCGACUCCCCGGAAAACAUGAUGCGGCACAUUCGGUUCCUGAAGAACGAGGUGGAAAGGCUGAAGAAGAACCUGCGCACUGCCGAACUGCAGCACACGGAGAAGCGAGCCCAGUACAUCGAAGAGGAGCGGCACAUGCGCGAGGAGAACAUCCGUCUGCAGAGGAAGCUGCAACGGGAGAUGGAGCGGCGCGAGGCACUUUGCCGGCAGCUUUCUGAGAGCGAGUCCAGCCUGGAGAUGGACGAUGAGAGGUACUUCAAUGAGAUGUCUGCACAAGGUCUCCGUCCACGGACGGUUUCAAGUCCAAUCCCAUACACGCCCUCUCCAAGUUCAAGCCGGCCCAUAUCGCCGGGGCUGUCAUAUGCACCUCACACGGUCGGCUUCACUCCCCCGGCCACCCUAACGAGAGCCGGCUUGCCUUAUUACAACCCGCCUGGCCUCCACGUGCACGUGGGCUCCUCGCACGGCGUGACGAGGCCGUCUCCACGGAGGAGCAACAGCCCCGAUAAGUUCAAGCGUCCGACCCCUCCACCCUCCCCCAACACGCAGCCCGGGACUCAGCCGCCACCCCCUCCGCCACCGCCGGUGCAGCCUGCACCCAAUCAGCCCCACAUGUCCCAGGCGGCUGCCACUUCGCAGUCUCCGUUGCAGCAGUAGUGCAUGGGCUCUGCAGCUUCAGCCAGAGUGGACUUGACAGAGCGCGUUACUAUAAAGCCAAAGGCUAACCUUACAAGUAUGGAAUUGACUUACUUGCACUGAGAUUACAUAAGUUUCACUGUUAACUGUGUUGUAAAUGUUUGUUUAGAAUGCAGCCGGUGUUGUGGCACUACAACACUAAACCUAACAACAUUCUUGUCAGUGCUUACUGGAACAACGCGUGUUUGGUAUAUAUAUAUAUAUAUAUAUAAAAAUAUAUAAAUAUAAUUAUUUUCCCCCUCGGUCUGAAACAUUUCCUGCUCGGUCUACAAUAUGGUAUUGCAAUGAAAAGUUCUAACGCUGAA